UCUCCACUAUACGGUAAGCUACACAUUCCAACAUCCUCACCGGUUCUUACCAAUUUCGUCACAUUUUAAUUCUAGCUGAGAGUAUGCUUGCAUAACUAAAUUGACAUGUCACUUUGCCAUCCAAAUAAAGCUGCAAAAGGCUAUGCUGGCUCUCACUGUCACAUAUUUUGGGCAGAAUUAUUUUGGGUGCUUCUACUUAUUCCAAUCAUCAAGCCAUCAUUUUUUUUUCAUUCAAACCGAGAUGGAGCUGACGAGGGGCAGGGGCGCAGGGCAGGGGGAUGACAAGACGACGCACGUACAAUGCCAUGACCCAACCACCGGGCACCAGCACCGUUCCGGCCGCUGCCAUCACGCCCAAGGCAUUGCCUUGCAUGCACCGCCCGCCGCGCGCGCACGUACAAAGCAAUCCCUCCAUCGUCUCGCGCCAAAUCAAGCCCGCGAUCUUCCCACCGCUGGUCGUCGUCUCCCCCGGCGACCGCGUGCCUCCUAUGGGCCAUACAUGCUGGCCGGCGGCCGGCGGCGCCGCCGUGAAGGCGGAAGCGGUAAUAAUCUGCGUGCUGCUGCUGCUCCUGCCGGCGGCCGCCGCGCAGCAGGCCCCGACGGCGGAGGGCGCGGCUGCGAUCGACGCGGAAGCCGACGGCAACGGCACCACGCGAGGCGGCGGCGGCGGCGGCGGGCGAGGUGGUGGCGGGCGAGGCGGGGGCGACGGCGCGCGGAGUAAGCUGGUGAGCAGCAUCGACUGCCAGAUCUGCGAGGCGACGUGCCGCGUCAAGUGCCUCAUCAACAACCUCUUCCAGUGGGGCGUGUGCUACCAGCGCUGCAAGUCCGACAACUGCAACGACUGGUGCAGGUAGCUAGCACAGCAACACGUACGUGCUUUUGAUCGAUCGGGUUGAUCGGACGGUUCAGAGCAUGCCACGUACCAAGCCUUCUUCUGCAAUCUAGCUAGCUAGAUCCAAAGUAUAUAUAUACUGGUAUAUACAUACACACAUAAAUGUGCCGCUGCGCACUCAUACCUACAUGUAUUUUGUCAUUACCCAAAGUUUGUACUUGUAAUUUUGUACUGAUAUUUUUUGAAUAACGGGUCGAGAAUUUUAUGC